CAUCGACUCUAUUCUCCUACCCAACUUUAUUCGACAAUGAGGUACUUUUCUACCCGGGGUGGCAAAGAGCGACUCUCCUUCGAAGAGACCGUCCUCACCGGUCUAGCACCCAACGGCGGAUUGUACAUCCCUGAAGUUAUCCCAGCAUUACCAGCAGACUGGCAAACAAAGUGGAAGUCCUACUCCUUCGUCGAUCUCUCAGUCGCUGUUCUAUCGCUCUACAUCUCUCCCGAUGAAAUUACAACAUCCGAUCUCCGUGCACUCGUGGAAAAGUCCUACUCUACGUUCCGACAUCCAGAUGUCACACCGCUCAAAAAGCUCGAUGAUAAACGAUUCGUUCUCGAGCUCUUCCACGGCCCCACCUUCGCGUUCAAGGAUGUUGCUCUCCAGCUGCUUGGGAACCUCUUCGAGUUCUUCCUCAAGAGAAGGAACAGCAGGAAAGCGGAGGGAGAGAAGAAGGAGAAGUUGACCGUCGUCGGAGCAACCAGUGGAGACACAGGAAGCGCGGCGAUCUAUGGCUUGAGGAACAAAGCAGACAUCUCCAUCUUCAUCCUCUUCCCCACUGGGCGCGUGUCGCCGAUCCAAGAAGCGCAGAUGGCAACAGUGACGGACGCGAACGUGCACAACAUCUCUGUCGGAGGAACGUUCGAUGACUGUCAGGUUGACAUCGUGAAAACCUUGUUCGGCGACGCGGAGUUCAACGCGACUCACCGUCUCGGUGCCGUCAACUCGAUCAACUGGGCUCGCAUCCUCGCCCAGACGGUGUAUUACUUCCUGGCGUACUUCCAUCUCUCGCCCGAGCCUGGGACCGAAGUCCAAUUCGUCGUGCCCACGGGAAAUUUCGGCGACAUCCUGGCGGGAUACUACGCCAAACGCAUGGGCCUGCCGAUGUCGAAAAUGGUCGUUGCCACCAACUCGAAUGACAUCCUCGCGCGAUUCUGGAACACCGCACGGUACGAAAAGGUGGAUUCCGCACCGAUGACGGACGGGAAACAGGGAACGGCGGCGGCCGGUGUUCGGGAGACCCUCUCACCUGCCAUGGACAUUCUCGUGUCUAGCAACUUUGAGCGGCUGCUCUGGUACCUCGCGUUCGAAGCUGUGGGUUCCGAGCACGAGAAAGCGUGUGCGACCUUGGCGAGCUGGAUGAGCGAGAUGAAGGCUGAUGGUCGGGUUGAUAUUCCCACCUCCGUCAUCGAGCUGGCUCGCCGGGACUUCUUUGCUGAACGGAUCUCGGAUGAGCUGACUCUGGAAACCAUCCGCUCGCACUUUGAAGCCUCUCCGUCUUACGUGGUUGAUCCUCACACCGCCGUUGGUUUGGCGGCUGGGAAGAUCGUUGCUUCCAAAAACCCUAGCUCCGUUCGCCAAGUCAUGUUGUCGACGGCUCACCCAGCCAAAUUCUCGGAGGCGGUGAAUCUGGCGCUCAAAAACAAUGCGUCCUUCAAUUUCGAGCAGGACGUCCUCCCCACCGAAUUCGUGGGCUUACUGGACAAGGAACGGAAUGUCAUCAGCGUGCCAAGGGCUGACAUCAACCUGGUCAAGGAAGUGAUCGAAAGCUUCGCGGAGAAGGAUACCAAAGACACCGGAAUCGUAGGAGUGUAGGAGAGGUCAACCAAAAAGUGGAGUAGAUUUAGCACAACAAUCAAUGUAACAGACGUACAACUUUUCGUGGAAACCACGCUACGCAACUCGAAUCCAUGCUGCCAGCGACACAAAGGAAUGAUUUUGCGGGUGCUUGGCGCAAAAGGCAAGGAGAGCCUCGUCUCGACCCUCGGACGAGGUCCCGGUGGCUUCCAGAAUCUUCGCAAGAUCAACGGGACACACAAACAACGGCUGGCGCGCGUCUUCUCGCAGCGACGUAGUGCCCUGCAUGGCGCACGCGUAGUAAACGCAGUGAUCGAUUCCGAAACAGUGCCCCAGCUCGUGACUUGCAGUGCGGCACGCCCGCGCAAGCCACAGCGACGACAGUGCGGCCGCGGAGUUCGUGUUGACCAGAGAAGGAAGGGCAGCAUAGGCUGCAACCGCUGCAUGUAACGGUGAAGUUGAAAGGGAGCCAGGACCAUUUCCUUUGCGCCUUUUCGCCGGUCGCGCUUCGGAGCAGCAAGCAGUCAUGUAGGCUUGACAGUGCGACGCAGGCCAUGCAUGAAGCCUUUCGACGUCUUGCAUCCGAUCCAGCCCGGGGUGGUAUCUGGAGCAUAGAUGAACCCCACACCUAUUAUUCCAGAAGAAGCAACCCACCGUGCUGUUGAUAUGACAGCGACGCGACUUCCACCAUACGCGCGUCCGCAAGCAAAAUCAUCGUCUGCACGCUCGUAGAUAUCCCAGGGGACGACUACCACCAUGGCAUACGCGUCAGGGGGGAGUAUCCCAAUCGCGGCGUCGAGCAGAUCGUCGAGAUUGAGCUGCCUGCUAAAGAUCCCGUCGUGUGAUGCGCGGGUGCGAAUCCGCACGCAUUCGUCGCCCGCUUUGAGCCCAACAUAACGCGGUGUCCGAGACGCGCGUUUGGGCGCACUCCAACUCGUGAAACACAGACUCCGACUCGACAAUCGUUUCACGUCCAUCCCGUGAUAGAACGCGCGUAGAUAAUCAACCAUGUCCUCGACUUUGGGGCGCUCAAUCGCGACGCCCUCAGCACCGUUCGGCUCGCGCCACGACUCCAUGAAAGGCACAGUGUCGUCGACUGCAGGCGGGGCGACCACAUACAGUGUGCGGCGAGACGUCUCCACCGGAUUCCGGUCCGCAUCCGUCCGCCAUUCUUGGAUGCUCUGUGCGGGAUAGUCUGGAUCUUCAGCCAGGUCGUCGCCAGGAAGGACGAGAGCCUGCCGCUGCUGCAGUGAUGGUCGGGAAUAUCCAUACUCUGAAGCCAGGGGGGAGCAGUCGAAACAGAGCACUUCAUGCGAGCAUGGG